AGGGGGGAAACAUGAAUGAGGUAAAGGAGGCUCUAAGAAACAUAGAGCAGAACUACAAGCUCUUCCUGCAGCAGCAGUUUACGUUUAUCGGAGCACUGCAACACACCCGAGAGAAUGCACAUGACAUGAUCAGACCUGUGGCAAGCAUCGGCCAGGUACAGUCCUAUAUGGACCAUCACUGUAACAAUUCCACAGACAGGCGUAUCCUCAACAUGUUUCUAAACAUCUGCAAUGAUCUAAGCAAGCUCUGCCACAAGCUGGAAACCGUGCAUGCUGGUAACAGCACAACCAAUGGCAUUUUGGAGAGAUGCAAGCUGCUCCUUAGCCACAGCAAUGAUCUGAGCACCAUCCAAGCUAAAUACCCCCAUGAUGUUAUGAAUCACCUGAGCUGUCACGAAGCAAAGAAUCAUUAUGGAGGUGUGGUGAGCCUCAUCCCCAUCGUUUUAGACUGCGUGAAGGAGUGGGUAACCCACACUGAGAAGCUGCCACGGCAUGUGCUGUGUAAUGCAAAUUGGCUGCUGUUCUUUGCUUCCUGCUGGAAGACGCUCCUGAAUAAACAACUUCCCCUUGCAUACCUGGCUCAGUUUGCUAAAAUG